AUGGAGAACUUUAGAUACCUGCAUGUCCUCGCCCUUCUCCUUUUCACCAAUCUUCUCCGACCUACCACUGUCGUAAGUUCAUUUGGAAAUGAAACCGAUCACUUGGCUUUGCUCAAAUUCAAAGAAUCCAUAGUCGCCGAUCCACAGGGGUUCUUGAACUCAUGGAAUGACUCCGUUCACUUUUGCAAAUGGCAAGGAGUUACUUGUGGCAUAAGGCAUCAGAGAGUAACAGCCUUGAACCUUCCACACUCUAAUUUGCAUGGCACCAUAUCACCAUACAUUGGCAACCUCUCCUUUCUCAGGACCUUUUACAUUCCGAACAACAGCCUCUCUGGCAAGAUUCCGCAACAAGUUGAUCGCUUGUUCCGACUGCGACAUCUCAAUCUAAGUCUCAACAUUUUGGAGGGGGGAAUUCCAGACAACCUGAGCUUUUGCCGGGAAUUAAUCAUCAUAAGCUUUGGAUCAAACCGCCUUACCGGCAAAAUUCCUUCAGAGAUAGGCUCGUUGAUGAAGCUUGUGCAUCUCAAUCUAGAGAAAAACAAUCUGACAGGAGGCAUCCCACCUUCCUUGGGGAAUCUUUCAUCACUCGCUGUACUUACCUUGCCAUGGAACAAUUUGGUGGGCACAGUUCCAGAGGUGCUAGGUCGAUUGAGAAGCUUAUCAAGUUUUGCAAUUGGUGUCAAUGAUCUCUCUGGUAUGUUCCCUCCCUCCCUUUUCAACAUAUCAUCUAUGAAGGACCUUUCAAUUACUGGCAAUAAACUUAAGGGUAGUAUUCCGCCUGGUAUAGGCCAAAACAUGCCUAAUCUCCAAAAAAUGUUGCUCGGCAUGAAUGAAUUCUCAACGCAAAUCCCAGCUUCAUUUUCCAAUGCUUCUCAGCUUCAAGAGCUUGAUGUUUGGGGAAAUCAUUUUGUAGGGCAAGUUCCCUUAAGUUUUGGGAAUCUUCCUAAUCUCCGGUGGCUUAACUUCGGGUAUAAUAAUCUAGGAAGCAAUUCAUCAAAUGAUUUGAUAUUUAUGACACCUUUGACAAAUUGCAGCAAUCUGGAAAUGCUUUGUCUGAGUGAUAACAACUUUGGAGGUGUUUUACCCAACUCUGUAUCCAAUUUCUCAACCCAACUGACUGAACUCUAUCUUGGGGGCAGUCAAAUAGCGGGAACGAUUCCUGAGACAUUAGGAAAUCUCAAAUCUUUAAUAGUUUUGGGAUUGGAUGAUAACUUGCUCACUGGAACCAUUCCAACUUCUUUUGGGAAGUUACAAAACCUGCAAUUAUUAUAUAUAAAUUCCAAUAGACUAUCAGGACGGAUCCCAUCUUCUCUAGGAAAUCUCACCCGAUUGUCUCAACUUUAUUUACCAGAAAAUGAAUUAGAAGGAAGAAUUCCUCCAAAUAUUGGUAAUUGCAAACAGCUGCAUGAGAUGGAUAUAUCAAACAAUAAGCUUAGUGGAGAAAUACCACCACAGAUUAUGGGUCUCUCCUCCUUGUCUAUGUUGCUCAACUUAUCGCAAAACUUGCUAACUGGGAAUCUGUCUGUGGAAGUGGGUAAGCUGAAUAAUAUCAGGACACUAGACAUCUCUGGAAACAAUCUAACGGGAGAAAUUGCAGAAACCAUUGGGAAAUGUGAGAGCCUUGAAUUUCUUUACCUACAAGGGAACCACUUUCAAGGUACAAUACCAUCUUCUUUGGCUUCUCUGAGAGGUCUUCAGUAUCUAGAUCUUUCACAAAACAACUUGUCAGGACAUAUUCCAAAAGACCUACAGGGACUUCCAUUCUUGAUCUAUUUGAACCUUUCGUCCAAUUACCUAGAGGGUGAGGUACCGAAAGAAGGAGUUUUUCGAAACACAAGUGCAAUAUCAUUAGAUGGAAAUGCCAUACUCUGCGGUGGUGUUUCGGAAUUGCAGCUAACAGCAUGUCGCGUUGAAGAAACAAAGCAUAGAAAGUUGCAUGGUUUCAAACUGAAGUUCACAAUUUCUUUAGUCGUUGGAUGCUCUCUUCUGUUUGCAGUGCUCAUAGCUCUUUAUUGGACGAGAAAAAAUCAAAAGAAGAAACCGUUAUAUGCUGCAGUGUCAUCAGUCACACUCCUUCCAAACGUUACGUACCAGACACUACAUCAAGCUACUGCCGGAUUCUCUCCAAGCAAUCAAAUUGGAUCAGGCGGUUUUGGCUCUGUCUACAAAGGGAUUCUUGAUCAAGACAGCAUUGUUGCCAUAAAGGUUCUCAACCUUCAACAGAAAGGAGCUUCGAAAAGUUUCAUGGCUGAAUGCAAUGCACUGAGAAAUAUCCGACAUAGGAAUCUUGUGAAGAUCAUAUCAUGUUGCUCCAGCACAGAUUAUAAUGGUAAUGACUUUAAAGCUCUCAUUUUUGAGUAUAUGUCAAAUGGAAGUUUAGAGGAGUGGCUGCACAGAAAAAACCAAUAUGCAGGAAGUUUGAACCUUCUUCAAAGACUGAAUAUAGCUGUCGAUGUGGCUUCUGCUCUGUGUUAUCUUCAUGACCACUGUGAACCACAAAUUAUUCACCGUGACAUUAAACCAGGCAACGUUCUUCUGGACGAUGACAUGGUUGCUCAUGUAGGAAGAAGACCAACUGAUGAAAUGUUUGUAGACAGCUACAAUAUCCAUACUUUUGUGGAGACGGGCAUACAAGGAGUGCUUAUGCAAAUUGUGGAUCCUACUCUUAUUGCCAUACUAGAAGAAGAAAUUGAGACUUCAACAACCAACGAUGAAGUGACCAACCUCUGUGGUUACGACAGUGAAAUCGAAGCUGAUGAAGAAAACAUAGACGGUGAGAACUUAAACAAGAUGAAGAGUUACGUGUGGAAGUACAUACUACCAACCCUUAAGAUUGGACUUGCAUGCUCCGAAGAAUCACCAAGGAAUAGAAUUUCUAUGAAGGAGGUCCUCAAGGAGCUUCAGCAUGUCAAGAAUACUUACACGUACUCGGUGCCGACAUGCGUCCAGAGAGGCCAAGAAGAAGCUAAAAGAGAUAACUUCCACCAGCAAGCUGUCCCAAUAUGA